GCUCCUUUUUCUAACGGCCACCGGCCCCCCCUUUGUUGUCCCUCGCUAUCAUCUCGCCACCAUCUCAUCCCGCACAUCACAUUCAGCACGACCAUGUCCAGGACCACCUCAUUCAAGCUAGUCUUACUUGGCGAAUCGGCCGUCGGCAAGAGCAGUCUAGUCUUGCGAUUCGUCCGCAACGAGUUCUCCGAUUUCAGAGAGUCCACCAUCGGUGCCGCAUUCCUCACUCAAACGGUGGAACUGAACGAGACCACCUCGAUCAAGUUUGAAAUUUGGGAUACCGCUGGCCAAGAACGGUACAAAUCCCUCGCCCCGAUAUACUUUCGCAACUCCAAUGCCGCCGUGAUCGUGUACGACAUCACCCAGCCACCCGACACAUCCUUCGAGAAAGCCAAAUCCUGGGUCAAGGAACUCCAGCGCCAAGCCGACCCUUCCAUCGUCAUCAUGCUCGUAGGCAACAAGCUGGACAUGGAGUCGUCUAGAAAGACCCCGCGAGAGCUUGGCGAGAGAUUUGCAGAGGAAGAGGGAUUGUUGUUCACAGAGGCCAGCGCGAAGAGUGGGGACGGGGUGGAGGAGUUGUUCAUGGAGAUUGCCAAAAAGCUUCCCCUCGCCCCACCACCCCAGCGCACCCUCGCCAAAGGCGUCAAGGUCCAAGGUAAAGCCGAAGAGACACCGUCCGCCUGCAACUGUUAGAUUCAUAUUGUAUACCGUGCCGUGCACAUGUAUGUGUUUUUAUGUCUGUGCAAUGACGCCACUUGCUUGA